AUGUCGAAAAGUGAUUUUGAAAUCCUACUGAAAAAAGUUGGACCAAAAAUUGAGAGGAGGAAUACACAAUUUCGGGAAGCAAUUCUUGCUUCUGUCAGAUUGGCCGUAACGCUAAGAUAUUUAGUUACGGGUGAUACCUUUACAAGCUUAAUGUACACGUUUAAAAUAUCUAAGCAAUCGAUUUCCAACAUAGUGCCUGAAGUGUGUGAGGCACUUAUUCACGCUUUAAGAGAUUUAGUUAAGAAAAUCAGGAUGCUCAGUGUCAUUGUCAAGGCUGCGGUGCUGGUGUGUUUCAUUCAGUUUUCCAUCGAAGCUGCCGACCCCUGUAUUCCUAACUACUUUCGAUACAUCGCAGACAAACAGGCGGGUGAAUUUAAUGGUCACAUCGAAAUACCAUCGCCGCCGAAAAGAAUUCCGUUGGAGUUGAGGGUCACAUUGGGCAUUGCUGUUUCAUUACAAACGAAAUAUAACGGCAAAUUAGAGUUGGCGCAAUCCAGAAAACAAUCUGUUACUGCGGUCGAACAAGGUACACCCCUGAGGUACAAUAUUAAUUUUCCUGUUCAGCAUCCGUUACCGACGGUCACCAAGAUUUGGUUGAACAACAGAUUAAUCUGCACUGAUCCAGGCGCAACUGAACAGACGAGUGUAACCUCUAUCGUGCUGAAACACACGCUGUACCCACCGGGCAUAAUAGCCCUUUCUGUGGAUGAUCAGAAUAUGAUUCCGAGCUCAUUGAAUGCAAUUGACGCGUCAUUGCCAGAGGAUCCGCCUGUUCAAUCUACUGUUUCUAACAAACCUCCUACAACUGUUCAAUUUACCCGUCCUACUCAAACUAACCUACCUAUUCAACCUACUCAAACGACUCCACCUGUUCGCCCCAGUCCACCUACUCAACCUAAUCUACCUUCUACACCAAAUCCACCUGUGAUCGAUUAUGAAACUACUUCACAGUGUGGUCACAGCAAACAUAUCGGAAUUAAUUAUCUGAUAAUAAGGGGUACGGAAACGGUUCCCGGCGAAUGGCCCUGGCUGGUUGCCAUUUUCAGACAAAAUUUCAAAUACAGCAAUUACACGUUCAUUUGUGCCGGAUCGCUCAUUACGGACAAACAUAUCAUCACAGCGGCACACUGCGUGUAUCAGAAUAAUUUGGCGAUCACACCAUUUUCACUGUUGGUAUCUUUGGGCCGCUAUCAACUUUUCGAUUUUCACGAGAAGGGUUCGGUGAAUCAGGUUGUGGUCGAUUACAAGGUUCACCCCGACUACAAUCCCACACAAGCAAAGGCGGACUCGGAUAUAGCUAUUUUAUUUACGCUAGACAGAGUGGAAUACAACGAUCGAAUUAAACCAAUUUGCCUUUGGUCACGCCCUCCAGAUCUGAAUCUUGUUGUGGGAAGUAAGGGAAUCGUGGUUGGUUGGGGACGCGACGAACAUGGGAACCAGUACCUUCAGGAACCAAAAAUGAUCAAUGCUCCGAUCGUGAGUCAGGAAGACUGUCUUCGCAGUAGCGAAGAGUAUGUAAGGAUCACUUCAAAUCGAACAUUCUGCGCGGGUGGGAUGGACGGAACCGGUCCAUGCAACGGUGACAGUGGUGGCUCGUUCAUAUUGUACGAUACGAAAACAAAGCGGUUUUACCUCCGAGGUGUUGUCUCGUUAUCUCUUAUCGAUCAAACAAGCAGGUCCUGCGACCUCAAGCAAUUAGUCGUUUACGUGGACGCCGCUAAAUAUUUGGACUGGAUACUAGCAACUGUUCUUGCAGAGACUAAGGAUUUAUCGGCCCUAUCUUCAAAAUAA